AAUGGAAAAUGUCAGACAUUCUCCUCUGGUGUUACUCUAUGUAUUUGUCCAGCGGGUUACCAAGGCAUUUAUUGUGAUGUUAAAGUUUUAUCAGACUCUCCAUGCGCAAGUAGCCCUUGCCAAAACGGAGCAAAAUGCUAUGAUGUCGGCUCUUCAUAUUUUUGUAAAUGCACUAAUGACUUUACUGGUUCACGUUGUUCUGAACGUCGUAACACACAAAGAAGUUUCUGCGAUUCUUCACCUUGUCUUCACGGAGGGGUUUGCUACGACACACCAUCGAGUUUUGAAUGCUCUUGUCCGGGAAAUUAUGAGGGAAAGACUUGCCAAACUCGAAAAAAUGUCCAACCUCCCCAGAAAGUGGAAAAAUGUUCAUCCAAUCCCUGCUUUAAUAAUGCUUUGUGUGUCGAUCUCUCUGAUGGGGUCUUUUGCUAUUGUAAACCCGGUUUCUCGGGAAAAUAUUGCGAUAUAUCACAAGGGAACUUUCAACAAUGUUCCUCAGGACCAUGCCUUAAUGGAGAGUAAACUGAAAAUGCUAUUUAUAGGCACAUGUGAGAAUUUAAUUGGAGGGAGUUUUAAAUGUCACUGCUCCAGAAACUAUUAUGGUGGACGUUGCGAACAUAAAUACGCAGGUUCAAUCCCGACUCCUCCUCCCACAAACAACCAACCCUGCAAGACUAACUCCUGCAAAAACAAUGGCGUUUGUUACAAUGUUGGUACUGUACAAUUUUGUAAGUGUCCUUUUGGAUUCACCGGUUCAGUUUGUGAAAAGAGAGUUACACAUAUGGAUCCAUGCCUCGACAAUCCGUGCAAUCAAGGAAGAUGCGAACGUAAUCCUUUCGGAUAUACUUGCUUUUGUGGUCAACAUUACGAAGGUAAAAACUGUGAACGAGCUGCUACUCCAGGAACUGGAUCCCCAAAGCCAAAUCCUUGCAUUUCAUCACCUUGUGGACAAUUCGGUAAAUGCUACAACAUAACGGAUACAGCAUAUUUCUGUCUCUGUAAUGAAGGCUAUUCGGGAAGUCCAUGCAAAAAACAUAAUAACAAUAAUGGAAAUAAUAAUGCUUGUAAAUCUAACCCAUGUCAAAACGGAGGAAUAUGUAUUGACAAUGGGUCACCAAGUUCAUACCGUUGUAACUGCUUAUCUGGAACUUCUGGUAUAAAUUGUGAGCAAACUACGUGUCCAAAAUCUUGUCAAAAUAGAGGACUUUGCAAAAGCGAAAGAAGGAUGAAUUCAAACACUAGAAGAUUUGAGACAGUUUAUAAAUGUGAAUGUUUACCAGAAUAUCUGGGAGAAAAUUGUGAAUAUAGUAACCCUUGCCUACAAAAUCCCUGCGAGAACAAAGGAAUAUGCUCACCACUGAUGAUAGCAAGCAUUUCUAAGCCAGAUUUUGCUUGCAAAUGUGUCAAAGCCUUUGAAGGAAAAACGUGUUCAAUAAGGGCUAAAGAUGUAUGCGCUGAGAAUCCAUGCCAAAAUGAAGGUUCCUGUGUACCUAAACUGAAUCCAGAAACUCGUGAAAAAGAAUUUUUCUGUGUCUGUAUAGGAGAUUGGAAAGGAAAAACUUGCUCUGAAAAAAUUAGCAAUCCUUGUCUUCCUAAUCCGUGCAGACAUAAUGGUAUAUGCAGGCCGUAUGAUGGCAGCAACUUUUACUGUACAUGUACUCAAGACUAUUAUGGAAAAAUGUGUGAGAUUGAGAAUCCUUGUUCCGAUCGACUUAAUCUCUGUCUCAACAAAGCUCUCUGUUUUCCGGAAAGAGUCUAUAAAAACUCAGAACUCGUUGAUGUGAAAGCUAAAUGUGUCUGCCCAUUCCAGUAUGCUGGUUCACGAUGUGAAAUUAGAAAUCCCUGUCUUGAUGGUGGUUUUUGUAUGAACCAAGGAUCAUGUGUAACAAAACAAAAAAUGGACCCAAAGGGAUCUAUGUACAUACCAUCUUACAUUGGUUGGGAAGAACCAAUAUGCAAAUGCUCACCGUAUUUUGCUGGGAAAAAGUGUCAAAUAAUAAGUCCUUGUCUUCAGAAUUACCCUUGUCAAAAUGGUGAAUGCAGUUCAACUAAAGUCUACGUGACGACAGACACAGGAACCUUUGCAAGUGGUUUUACUGAACCAAAAUGCGAUUGUCCAGCUGAUUAUUCUGGAAAGUUCUGUGAAAAUAAAAUAGGUGAUCCAUGUGCUGACAAUCCCUGCAAAAACAAUGGGCGUUGUAUAUUGGGAGAGGAAGAAUUUGAAAAAUACUACUGCGAAUGCGAUGAGGGGUACACAGGAGAUCAUUGCGAAACCCCAAAUAUUCGCAAUAUAAUUUUAGAAUGUGGUUUUGAAAGUGAAUGUAAUGAGCUGUCUCAUACAUAUACAGCAUAUCCAAAAGAUAAGGCUUUCAGAUGGAUAAGAAGAAAUAGACCAACUUUGAGCGGAAAUACAGGACCAUUAAAAGCGGCUGUAGGGUCUUACUUUAUCUAUACUGAAGCCUCUAAACCAGCGAAAAAAGAUGACUUUGCUGAUAUGUACACUAGAUAUAUGGAUAUCAAACAAGCUUCUUGUCUUUCUCUUAGUUAUCAUAUGAAUGGUGCAAAUAUUGGUAGCUUAUCAAUUUUUCUUGAAGAUCGAAACAAUAAAAAAACAACCAUUUGGACUCAGCAGGGACAUCAGGGACGGAAUUGGUUGAGUUUGGAGAAAGAUAUUGCUCCUGGUGAUUUUCGACUAGUAAUUCAUGCUGUGAGAGGAAAGGACUACACAGGAGAUAUUGCUAUUGACAAUUUAAAGUGGCGAACUGGAUCUUGUUUUGGGGCAUAA